AUGACCUUUUCUGACUCUGCUACAGCUGCUCCGGUCAUUCUCCCUGCUUUUCGUCCGCUCAUUCCUGAACUUGUCCUCCGUCUUCGUGCUGCUCAUGCUGCCAAUCCCCUCCCGCUCGCCGCCUUUGAACGGGCAGCUCUCGGCCUGGCUCAUGCUCUUCUCCUCGCCCCUCAUACGCUCGAGCUCGCACUUCCCUUCUUUGCCACUUCGCCGCCACUGCUUCGUCGCCUCGAGUCGCUCCUUCCCAUCGAUCCGGCUGCAGACGAUGGUGGUGAUGCCUCCGAGGCGAGCAGUGAGCCUGCUCCUCCUGCCCUUGAGCUGGCGCAGGACGACAUCGAUGGGCUGGAUGCUGCCCUUCGCGCCGCCUUUCUACUUCUCUGCGUUGCGCCUGCAGCCUUCAAGCCGCUCCUCGCCUCGGCGCUCCCGCUCCGGCUCGUGGCCCACCUCCCGGCCCUCCCGCCAGUUCUCGCCCGCUUUGGCCUCGCCCUCGCCACCCUCGUCCUCGACCUGCCGGCCAAGCAGCGGCAGGCCAUCGAGGCCCGGCUCGCCCCGCUCUUGCCCGCUGAGGAGGAGAGCGUGCCGUACGCGUGGCUGACUGCCCUCCGCGCGGCUCACGGCGCGGCUCUCGCGGCGGCGCCGCUUGCGCCGCCCAGCCAUCCCGCCGCCUGCCGCUGGCCAGUCACAGCCGCUGCCCUCUCGCACGAGCACAUGGUCGAUGUCUGCGGUGUCCUCCUCGCCCGCGCCACUCGCGCCUCGGCAGCGCCUGCCGUCGACGCCGCCACCGCGAGCGAGCCGUUUGUCCUCACCGCCUCGGCCGAGCGCAACUUGACUUCGCUCGCCUCGGCUGUAUCGCUUGCCAUGCCGACCCUUGUGCGCGGCCCACCCGGAUGCGGCAAGUCGGCCCUCAUCACACACCUCGGCGCCACCCUCGGCGUGCCCACCACCGUCAAGCUGCACCUCUCCGACCAGACGGACGCCAAGUCGCUGCUCGGCGGCUACGUCUGCGGCGAGGCGCCUGGUGAGUUUGUCUGGCAACCCGGUACCCUCACUCGCUGCCUCCUCGACGGCAACUGGCUAGUCAUCGAGGACCUUGACGCCGCGCCGCCCGAGCUCCUCUCCACUCUCAUCCCGGUCCUAGAGUCGCGGUCGGUCCUCAUCCCAGGCCGCGGCCUCCGCAUCGCCGCCGCGCCCUCCUUCCGCCUCUUUGCCACCCUCACCGACCGCUACGCGCUCGCCAGCUCCUCCGCCGCCGCCCGCGCAGCCUCCACCCCGCUCGCUCACCUCUGGCACACCGUCAAGCUCGCCCCGCUCGCCGAGGACGAGCUCGUUGCCGUUGUUGCAGCGCGCUUCCCGCGCCUCGCCUGCCUCGCGUCCCGCCUCGUUGGCGUCUACGUCUCGAUCGCCCACCUUCCGCCUUCGGCUCCCAUCUCGACCACCCUGCGGCUCUCGAUCGAGCUCACGCCGCGCGACCUGCUCCGCUUUGUCGCGCGCCUCCCGCUGCUCGGCCUCGGCUCCGACUCCGCCCUCGAGCACGCCCUGGCCGGGACCCAGGCGACCGCUGAGGUCGUGCUCCAGGCCGCGCUCUCGGCCUUUUGCGCAAAGCUCCCCAAACGUGAGCUGCAGGACGAGCUCGCUCGCUACAUCGCCAACACCUGCCUCAACCUUCCGGCCGCACGCGCAGAGUACUACAUGUACGACCACACGCCCGAGCUUUCGUCCACGGCCUCGUCGCUCACCAUCGGCCCGCUCACCCUGCCCACAGAGGCCCCGCCGGCCCAGGCCCCGCACUUUGCCCUCACCUCGACCUUCCUCCGCCUCGCCCUCCAGAUGGGCAUCGCCGUCUCGCUCGCCGAACCGCUCCUCCUCAUUGGCGAGACCGGAUCCGGAAAGACCACCGCUCUGCAGUUCCUCGCCUCGGCCCUCGGCGUCGCUCUCCGCGUCCAGAACCUCAACCAGCAGACCGAUGUCACCGAGCUCCUUGGCGGCUUCAAGCCCGUCAACAUGCGCCUCCUCCUCGCCCCGCUCCUCGACGAGUUUGAUCAGCUCUUCGGCGCCACCUUUUCGAGGUCGGCAAACGCAAAGUUUCUCAAGAAGCUCCACGGCGCCUUUGCCCGCUCCCGCUGGUCCGUCCUCCUCCGCGGCAUGACCUCGGCGCUCUCCAUGCUCGAGUCCCGCGAUAACUUGCGGCCCAACCUCCGCACCCGCUGGUCCGCCCUCGCCGCCUCGCUCGACGCCCUCGCCAAACAAAAGGACGCCCUCACCUCCUCCUUUGCCUUUGCCUUUGUCGAGGGCGAUCUUGUCCGCGCCCUCCGCGCCGGUGACUGGGUCCUUCUCGACGAGAUCAACCUCGCCUCGCCCGCUGCGCUCGAGUGCCUCACAGGCCUCCUCGAGCCCGCAGGCUCGGCCUAUCUCUUCCUCACCGAGCGCGGCGACGUCCAGGCUCUCCGCCCGCACCCCAACUUCCGCCUCUUUGCUGCCAUGAACCCGGCCACGGACGUCGGCAAGCAGGAUCUGCCGCCGGGCAUUCGCUCGCGCUUCUCGCAGUUCUACGUCCCCGAGCUCACAUCCGCCACAGACCUCGGCCUCGUCGUCCGCGCCUACCUCCACGGCGUCUUCCCCUCGCCGCCCGUCCAGCCCGUCGUCGCCUUUUACUCGGCCGCCCGCGCCGCCGCCACGUCCUCGCUCACCGACGGCGCCGGCCUUCGCCCGGUCUACUCGCUCCGCACCCUCACUCGCGCCCUCUCCUUUACCGCUCAGCUCGGCCCGGCCUACGGUCUCGAGCGUGCUCUCUACGAGGGCUUCUCCAUGGCGUUUAUGACCCAGCUCUCGGCGGCGGCCCAAGACGAGCUCGGCUCUAUCAUGACCGACACCCUCCUCGCCUCGCGCAAGUUGCACCAGCUCACAAAGCCUCCUGCCCAUCCGGGCGACGGUCACGUUCUCUUUGAGCACUUUUGGCUCUCCACAGGCCCCAACAAGCCGGUCGUUAAUCCCAAGUUUAUUCUCACUCGUACCGUCCGCAUGCAUCUCAAGAACCUCGCCCGUGGCAUCCUCGCCGGCAAGUACCCCAUCCUCCUGCAAGGCCCCACGUCGGCCGGAAAGACGUCCAUGGUUGAGUACCUCGCCGCCGCCACAGGCCACGACUUUGUCCGCAUCAACAACCACGAGCACACCGACUUGCAAGAGUACAUCGGCUCCUACGUUGCCGGCCCCUCCGGAUCGCUCGUCUUCCAGGAGGGCCUCCUCGUCCAGGCUGUUCGCUCCGGCUCCUGGCUUGUUCUCGACGAGCUCAACCUCGCCCCGUCAGAGGUCCUCGAGGCCCUCAACCGCCUCCUUGAUGACAAUCGCGAGCUCUUCAUUCCCGAGACCGGUGCCCGGAUCACCCCGCAUCCGGCCUUCCGCCUCUUUGCCACCCAGAACCCGCCGGGUCUCUACGGCGGCCGCAAGGUCCUCUCAAAGGCCUUUGCCAACCGCUUCCUCCAGCUCCACGUCGAGGACAUUCCCGCCGACGAGCUCGCCGUCAUCAUUGAGAAGCGCUGCGCCAUGCCCAAGUCGUACGCCACCAAGAUGGUCGCUGUCAUGACCCAGCUCCAGCGCGUCCGCUCAAACGACGCCGUCUUUGCGGGCAAGCACGGCUUCAUCACCCCGCGCGACCUCUUCCGCUGGGCCGAGCGCUCGCCGUCUGGCUACGACCAGCUCGCACUCGCCGGCUACAUGCUCCUCGCAGAGCGCCUUCGCUCGGAUGCCGAGAAGGCCCACGUCGCUACCGCUCUCGCCCAGCACCUCAAGGCCGUUGUGAGCCUCCGGGACUCGAGCCACGCCGACGAUCUUGUCCUCACCCCAGGCCUCACGCGCAUGCUUGCGCUUGUUGCCGCAGCCAUCGCCGCCGGCGAGUCGGUCCUUCUCGUAGGCGCCACAGGCGCCGGCAAGACCACCGUCUGCCAGCUCCUCGCCCGCCUCCGCGGCCAGCGCCUUGUCAUCCUCAACGUCCACCAGCAUACAGAGACUUCUGACUUUUUGGGCUCGCUCCGCCCGCUCCGCAACCGCUCUGCCCUCGCCGCAGAGUUGGGCGAGAAGCUCGCCGCCGCAUCCGCGCUCGCCCCGGCCAUCGCCGCCCUCGGCGACGACGUUGAUCUCGACUCGCUCAUCGCCGCCUACCGCGACCUCCCGCAGGCAGCGCGUGCAGAAGACCCCGAGCUCGCCGGCCUCGACGAGCUUGUCGACGCCCACGGCACCCUCUUUGCAUGGUACGACGGCCCGCUCCCGGCCGCCAUGAAGGCCGGCGACAUGUUCCUUAUCGACGAGAUCUCGCUUGCCGAGGACGCCGUCCUCGAGCGCCUCAACUCAGUUCUCGAGCCGUCAAAGACGCUUGUCCUCGCCGAAAAGGGCGGCGACGCGCCGGAGACGCUCCGUGGCGCCCCGGGCUUUGCCAAGGAGCUCUCGCCCGCCCUCCGCAACCGCUUCACAGAGAUCUGGGUCCCGCCGCUGACGGCAGCCUGCGAUCUCGCUGCCAUCCUCGACGCUCACAUUGCGCCGGCCAUCCGCGACGCCUUCCCGGGCCUCGUCAUCUACAUGCUCUACCUCAUUCGCUUCCUCAAGGCGCCGCACGAGAUUGCCCCGCCCUCGCCCUCACACCGCGACCUCGCCCACGCCGCAACAGCGCUCCGCAACGCCCUCGCCUCGGACACCACCCGUCCCGCCCUUCUCAACUGGUCGCUCGACGAGGACGCGGCCGCACUCGGCACCUCUGGCGCUGCCUCGCUCGUCAUCUCCAUCCGUGACAUGCUUGCCUGGGCCGCCUUUAUCAACAUCACCGCCGAAGAGCUUGGCAUCGAGCUCGCUGCCCUCCACGGCGCCGCCAUCGUCUUUCUCGAUGGCCUCGCCUCGCCGGCAGGCGCAGACGUUGCCGCCGAUGCCUACUCGUUCCUCGCUGCUCUCCUCGACUUUGACUUGCCGUCGGCCGACCAGCGGAGCGCUGCAAACCCGCUCAACUCGAGCCUGGCCUUCCAGAUUGACGCCGAUGCUGGGCGCGUCGGCAUCCCGCCGUUUAUGAUCCCGGCCUCGCCGGACGCUGUCCGCGCCGCACUCGCUGCCGGCUCUGCAGGCACCGUCGACUUUGCCUUUGACGCCCCGACGCCCUCUGCCAACGCCCUUCGUGUCCUCCGUGCUCUCCAGCUCCCGGGCAAGCCUAUCCUGCUUGAGGGCUCGCCGGGCGUAGGCAAGACCUCGCUCGUCGUCGCCCUUGCCCGCGCCGCUGGCAAGCGCGUCGUCCGCAUCAACCUCUCGGAGCAGACCGACAUCAUGGACCUGUUUGGUUCGGACCUGCCGGUCGAGGGCGGAGCACCCGGCCAGUUUGCCUGGCGCGAUGGCGUCUUCCUUCAGGCGCUCCGCGCAGGCGACUGGGUCCUCCUUGACGAGCUCAAUCUUGCGUCUCAGUCGGUCCUCGAGGGUCUCAACGCCUGCCUCGAUCAUCGCGCUGAGGUCUUUAUCCCUGAGCUUGGCCGAACUUUCCCGGCCUCGCCGCACUUUCGUCUCUUUGCAUGCCAGAACCCGCUCGAGCAGGGCGGUGGGCGCAAGGGCCUGCCCAAGUCGUUCCUCAACCGAUUCACCCAGGUCUACCUCUCCGAGCUCACUCGCGUCGACCUCCUCGCCAUUCUCCGCGCCAAGUUCCCCACUCUUGCUCCGGCUGCCCUCUCGGCCAUGGUCGACUUUAACGCCGCUGCCACCGCCGCCAUCACCCGUGAUCGCGCCUUUGCCCGCGCCGGGGCGCCGUGGGAGUUCAACCUCCGUGACACAGCCCGUUGGUGCGAGCUCGUUGUUGCCCAUCCAGACGUCCACUGGGCCACAUGGAUCUCGCUCAUGUACCUCGUCCGCAUGCGGACACCGGCCGACGUCAACGCCAUGGUCGCUCUCUUUGAGCGGGUCACCGGCGAGCAGCUGCCACCUGCCGUCCGCCUCGACGCCCUUCCGGCGCUUGCCGUCGCGCCCGAUGCUGUCCGCGUCGGCCUGGCCUCGGUCCCGCGCCUGCCGGGCGCACAAAAGGCGCUGCUUCUCGGCGCUCAGCCGGCACUCCCGCUCGAGGCCCAGCGCAAGCCGCUUGAGGCUCUGCUUAAGACUCUCGAAAUGCGCUGGAUGGCUAUUCUCGUCGGCCCGCCCGCGUCCGGCAAGACCUCGCUCGUCCGCGCUGCCGCAGGUCUCACUGGCCAUGCCCUCGUUGAGCUGGCCAUGAACCACUCUAUCGAUGCCAUGGAGCUGCUCGGCGGCUUUGAGCAGAUGGACCUUGUUCGCCAUGCUCAGGAGCUCAAGGGCAUGCUCGGCCCGCUCGUCCGCACCGUCCUUGCCUCGGGCCUGGUGGUCGCCUCGUCGCCCGGCGCCGCUCCCGGUGUUGCCGCCGCUGCCACUGCCCUCGGACACGCCUGGCAUGCAUUUCCGAACGACGCCUCGGCCGACGCCGCGCUCUCGGCACUCGACACCAUUGUCGAGCUUGUGGCCAAGCUCAAUGACGCCGUCGGGUGCGAGCCCGGCGUGGUCGAUGGUCUGGAGACCGUUUCUGCCAAGCUUGCGCGCCUGCCGCGCGGCGUUGACUCGACCGUCGGCCGCUUCGAGUGGCUCGAUGGCGCCCUCAUCUCGGCUCUCGAGUCCGGCGCCUGGGUUCUCCUGGACAACGCCAACCUCGCGUCGGCUGCUGUUCUCGACCGCCUCAACCCACUGCUCGAGCCCAAUGGCGUGCUCACUGUCACCGAGCGCGGCAUGGUCGACGGCGAGGUCAAGGUCAUCGUUCCGCACCCCGAGUUCCGCCUCAUCCUUGCCCUUGAUCCGCAGUUUGGCGAGGUCUCACGCGCCAUGCGCAACCGUGGCGUGGAGAUUGUGCUCCCGGUCCCAAGCUCGGAGCGCGACUUGCUCGCCCUCACUGCCGCUGCUGGUGUGCCCGGUAAGGUCCUUCCGCUCGCACUCACCGCAGCACACACCUCGGUGCCCGGCGCGUCGCUGACCCAGCUCCGCGACGCCUCGGCGCUCGUCGUCAACGCGCUGGAGCGCGAGGCCGUUCCGGUUGCCCCCAUUCUCAGCAGCGUCGUCUCCGAGGUCUACGGUCCCGAUGCGGUCGUCCCGUCCACUGCCGCCCUAGUCCACGCCGCUGGCGGCACGCUCACCGCAGCUGGCCUCUGGCCGCGGUUGACUACCCUCGGCGCGCUCGCACGCUCGCCGGCUACCGCCCGUGCCACCGACGUCACCGAGGUCUCGCGCUGGCUCCUCGAGGCCGCCGCCGCAAGCGCCUUUGGCAUCGUUUGGGACGAAGCAUUUGCCUCGCUCGAGCACUCGGCGCGUGCCGCAGGCCUCGACGCCAUCCUUGUCCGUCAUCUCAGUCCCGCGGACUGGUGCCUCUUGCCAGCCUGCUACGCUUCGGGCGAGCGGGCGACCGAUGAGGCGCCGCGGCCUCUGGCCUCCGGCGCCGAGCAGGCGCUGGCCGCUGCGGCGGCGGCGUCUGGCGACGAGCACUAUGUCCUGUUUAUUGCGCUAGUUCUUGCGCUCGAGGCUGUUGAUGCCGACGAGCUCGAUGCAGUGGUCCGCGGGCUGGCUGGCGCGGUGCGAUCGCUGCGGCGUGUCGCCGAUGCUGUGCAGACCGCCGUCGGAACUACCGACUGCAGUGCCCGCGUCGCCGAGUCCAUGACAAAGCUCACUCGCGCUCUGGGCCUUGCCGAGUAUGUGGUGACGACGUAUGUUGAGUUGCCGUUCCGCUCCCGUCUCCGCGAUCUGUGGGCUGGAUCGGUGGCCGGCGCGUCUGCAGCCGACGUCGCCGCCGUUGCCACUCUCGGCGGCAACGUUAGCAUCCUCGCUCGCAUGCUUUACCAAGGCUACUGUUGGACCGAGCACAUGGCUGAGGCAGGGGAGCUCGAGGCGUCGUCGAUGUCGCUGCUCCAGCUCUCGGCCGGUGUCGCAUCGGGCGAUGUCGAUGGCGCCCACGUGUGGGGCCUUUACACUUGGUGGCUCGCGCCGCUUCUCUGCCACGCCGAGGACGACCUGAUUACUCUGCUGAGCUCGGGCGCCGUGGCGGCCGAGUCGUACGAAGGCGUGGAGCGUAUCGCGGUUUCACUCCAUCAGAUCUUCGGCCUGUUGGCCCAGGUGCGGUCUCCGGCUGACUGGGACUUUGCCACCCGCCAAGCCUUUCUCCUGCGCUGGCGCUGGCUCUCGGCGCUCAUGCGGAGCGAAGCCAUGGUUGCGGCUUGGUCGGCGGCGACCCGCGACGCGAUGGACGCGCUUGAUCGCGUUGCCCGCGGCGAGGGCAUCAUCUCGGACGACGUGCUCUACUUUGAGGGCUUCCGCCGCCUGGGUCUCGUCUCGGAGCGCGCGCGCGCGCUGCAUGCCACUGUUUCCAGCGCGGAGGGCAUCAUCGACGGCCCGCGAUUCGAGAUUCUGGUGGACGGCCUUGCGGCUGCGUUUUGGGCCGAUGCGCGGAUCGGACCCGAGGCCAGCGACGACACCACCCGCGACGCGCUGAUGGACGCGCUGGAGGCUUCGAUCUCCGGUGUGGUGAGUUCGAUGGCCAAGGGCGCGGCCUCGCAGGAGCUGCUGGCUCAAAACAACGAGUCGGUGGGUGGCGGCGACGACUCUGUUGUCGGCGCACUCAAGGCGCUCGCGCAGGCGUCGGCCAAGAUGCGGCUGCUAUCGUGA